AUGGGAGAUCUUCCCGAAGCGAGGGUGUCGUCCGCCGCUCGCAGUUUCCUGCACUCCGGUCUCGAUUACGCAGGACCGAUACAAAUUCGCGCCUCAGCCGGUCGAGGCAUUACCUCGCGCAAAGCCUACAUCGCUCUCUUCAUUUGUUUAGCUACGAAAGCUAUACAUUUGGAGUUAGUCGGCGACUACUCAACUCAAGCUUUCUUAAACGCCUUUUCUCGCUCUUGCGCUCGUCGCGGUCUCCCGCAGACCAUGUAUUCGGACAACGGGACAACUUUCGUCGGCGCAGACCGAGAAUUGACUCUGGCCUAUCGAUCAGCAUUACACGAUCCGAACUUCUUGAAUAUGACCGCCUCGGACAACGUUACAUGGAAUUUCGUUCCCCCGUCUGCGCCCCACUUCGGCGGAUUAUGGGAGGCGGGAGUACGCAGCGUGAAAACUCAUCUGCGCCGAGUUUUGGGCAGUCAUAGGUUAACGUUCGAGGAAUUCUCCACGCUGUUGUGCAGGAUCGAGGCGUGCUUAAAUUCACGUCCGAUCGCGCCUCUCUCCGAUACGCUGGAGGACUACGAAUAUCUCACCCCCGGUCAUUUCCUGGUGGGCUCUGCGCUUGUCGUAAGUCCGGAGCCAUCCUUGCUCGACCUUCAUGAAAAUCGGCUUUCGCGAUGGCAACUCGUGCGCCAUGUAACCGAGCGAUUCUGGAAGUUGUGGAGUACCGAUUAUGUCAACACUUUACAACAACGAUCAAAAUGGCGCAAGGUGCAACCUCAAAUUCGUCUCGGGCAACUAGUCCUCCUGCGUAAUUCGACUUUACCUCCCUGCAAAUGGGAACUUGGCCGAGUGACGCAAUGUCACCCCGGGCCUGACGGUUUCGUUCGGGUUGUCACCGUUAAGACAGCCGCCUCGGAAUAUCGACGACCGAUUGUAAAACUGCGUGUUACCUGUCAGAAGCGAGGCGGCGAGUAA